GCCAUGGUGCCCUAUGCUCAGUUGUUGAAGAUGAGUUAUUUUUUACGAAUAUUGCAUAGACUUGUUUUUGGUUUAAUGGAUUAAUAAUGUAUUGGUUUUAUUUGAUGUGCACUGUAAUAUGAGCCACAGUAAUAAAAAGGGCUUUAAAAAUCAAAAAAUCUCUCCUCAUGCUGAGGGAUUCUCUCUCUCUCCUGCUGAAGAUUGACUCAUCCCUGUACAGACCUCCACACACCAAGAACUGGUCUGAGAUCAGUAUGAAGAGUGAUGUGAGUGUGGAGACUCUGAGAGCUCUGACUCAACUGCAGGAGACUCUACAUGACAAACUCACUCAAACUGUGUUGAGGAAGAUGCAGCAGUAUGCAGUGGAUGUGACUCUGGAUCCUGAUACAGCUCAUCCAGAACUCAUCCUGUCUGAAGAUGGAAAACAAGUGAAACUUGGAGACAUUAGACAUGAACUCCCAGAUAAUCCAGAGAGAUUUGAUAAGUGUGUCAGUGUUCUGGGAAAAGAGGGAUUCUCAUCAGGGAGAUUUUAUUUUGAGGUUCAGGUGAAAACUAAUUGGGAUUUAGGAGUGGUCAGAGGAUCUAUUAACAGGAAGGGAAUGAUCACAAUGAGUCCUCAGGAUGGACACUGGGCUGUGUUUCUGAGGAAUGAGAAUGAUUAUUGUGCCUGUGCUGAUCCCUCUGUCUCUCUGUGUCUGAGAGUGAGUCCACAGAAGGUGGGGGUGUUUGUGGAUUAUGAGGAGAGUCUGGUCUGUUUUUAUGAUGUGGACAACAGAUCUCAAAUCUACUCUUUCACUGGUCAAACUUUCACUGAGAAACUCUUUCCUUUACUCAGUCCAGGUCCUCAUCAUGGAGGUAAAAAUUCAGGCCCACUGAUCAUCUCACCCGUUCAUUACAACAAAUAAAUGUACUACAAUAAUAAAUAUUCAUGGAAAAUAAGUAUUAUUUCUCCAAAUCUGAUAUAGUUUAUGAUUAAUAUUUUCACACUAAUGUUCAGUGGUGAUCAAAAUAAACAACUGAAUGUAUAAUAUCCAUUUCUAUAAUUCUCUCUAAUU